AUGUUCCGCGCCCUUUGGCUAGCCUGCCUACUCAUCACUCACUGCACCUUAUCUAUCCCCUCAAGUCACAUCCAUCGUGCUCGGCAAAAUCAGGUCUCCCGAAACCAACCACCUCUCAUUACACCUCCCUCCGUCAACGACAUCAAUGGCAACGGGAGAGGAUCGCGUUUUUUCAACGUUUCUAAUUUCCCGCCUCCUACUAUCAUCGUUCGUCAAAAUACCAACCACCCAAGAGAAUUUCGAACUAUACAGGCCGCUGUUAAUUCGCUGAAGGAUCGAACUGGACCUCAGGUCAUAUAUGUCCACGAAGGACUUUACAGGGAACAAGUCUAUGUAGAUUAUGACCCACCUCUCAUUAUCCGUGCCAAAAAGCCGAAUGAAAAUGGGCAAAAUUAUGUGAGUAUAGUCUUUGCACUUGGUGCCAAAGAGGCCAAGUCGAAUGAAGCCAGUGCGACGUUGAAUGUCUUGAAGGAUGAUUUCGGUCUCUAUUUCAUUAACGUCAUCAACGAAUAUGGCACAGGCACUGACACUCAAGCGCUAGCUCUCAACGCCAAAGGUGACAGACAAGGUUACUACAACUGUACCUUCAGGAGCUUUCAGGAUACUGUGAGAGCUUAUCGAGGUAUACAGCUUUAUAGUGCCUGCGUGAUAAUAGGCGCUGUUGAUUUCAUCUUUGGAAGAGACGUCAAUGCCUGGUUCGAGCAGCUGACCAUCCCGAUUCUUAAAGGCUCAAAAGAACCUAUUACCGCGAGCGGCAGACAUGUCGAUGACAUCUCUGGUUUUUUUGUAUUGAAUAGAGCUAAUGUGUUCAGCGCGGGUGCACUUCCAGGGACGGCUUACCUGGGUCGACCUUGGAGAGCUGGGGCGAAGGCGUUCAAUUUCAAGAGUACGGUAACUUCGGUCCGGGUGCUCAAGGAAAAAGAUUAUAUGACACCCCCUUACGCUCUCCCCAUCUUCCUGAAAACAUCCUUGGACCCGAUUACCUUGACUGGAUUGAUUAUAAUUACCGUCCCAUUAUCCCAAUUAUCCCCAAAAAUAGGUUGGAUAAUAAGAAAAAUUCGGCUGAUUCUCUGUCCACGACCAGUACCUUGGCUAUCAAGAAACCUUCGACUGAUCCAUUCCCUACGACCAGCCCCCUAG